AUGACUGCCACUUGGGCAGACUCUCAAAGUGUUAAGGAUGCUGUUCCUAUCACGUGCAUUAUUCUUAAGUUGUACUUUCCAACAGAUGUUCCUGCAUCGACAUAUACCUCUGUUCAACAUUCUGGUAGCUACUAUGAGUCUGGAGUGUCCCAGGUGGCCAUCACUGAGAUGCAGCAAACAGCAUCCAAGCAAGGGCAGGAGGAAGCAGAGGAAGACUACCCAGCCGAGGAGGAGGAAGCAGCUGAUCAGUGCGGCAGGAAAAAGAGCUUUUCCACUGAGGAGUGUGAUGAGGAUGGAUUGGAGGACCUGCCCUCUGCCAUAUGCCGCCGCGGGGCUGUCGGCCGCUGGAGGGGCCCCAUCUCUCGUAAGGCCAGUCAGACCAGUGUCUACCUGCAGGAAUGGGACAUCCCGUAUGAGCAGCUGCAGCUGGGGGAGCUUAUUGGCAAGGGUCACUGGGGGAGGGUGCAUAAAGGUCGCUGGCAUGGUGAGGUCGCCAUUCGCUUGAUGGAGAUCGACGGCAACAACCAGGAUCACCUGAAGCUCUUCAAGAAGGAGGUGAUGAACUACAGGCAGACCAGGCAUGAGAAUGUGGUCCUGUUCAUGGGCGCCUGCAUGGCCCCACCACACCUCGCCAUCAUCACCAGUUUCUGUAAAGGUGUGACUCUGUACUCUGUUGUAAGAGAAAGAGGCCACAUGCUGGACAUCAAUAAAACCAGACAGAUUGCACAGGAAAUUGUAAAGGGAAUGGGCUAUCUGCAUGCCAAAGGCAUUAUUCACAAGGAUCUUAAGUCUAAGAACGUGUUUUGUGACACAAACAAGGUGGUCAUUACAGACUUUGGCCUGUUUGGGAUGUCUGGAGUGGUGCAGGAAGGCAGGAGAAAGAACGUGCUGCGGAUCCCUCACGGUUGGAUCUACUACCUGGCUCCAGAGAUUGUUCGAAAAAUGAGUCCAGAGGUGGAUGAGGACCAGCUGCCUUUCUCUAAAGCUGCUGACAUUUAUGCAUUUGGCACAAUCUGGUAUGAGCUGCAAGUUGGAGACUGGCCAAUGACUGAGCAACCUGUGGAAGCUAAAAUCUGGCUAAUUGGCAGCAAUGAGGGCAUUAAGAAGGUGCUUGCAGAAUCCAACCUGGGCAAAGAGGUCACGGAGAUUCUGUCUACCUGCUGGUCCUCUGAGACAAGUAACAGGCCCACUUUCAUCCAGCUGGCAGACAUGCUGGAGAAGCUCCCCAAACUGAACCGCAGGCUGUCUCACCCCGGACACUUCUGGAAGGCAACUGAGCCAUGGGAUCAUCAUCACUGUCUGAGGGAUCACUGCCAUCAGGGUGUACAUGCACACUGUCCAUACAUGUACAAAUACAGCAGCUGAGGGGUACAAGUGCUACAUAAAACUACAACUCUAUUUGGAUAUAACUCUUAAUUUUGUGAAUUAUUGGCAGUAUCAUUUACAGUUCUUAUCUGGAUGAGCAUAUCCAACCCAUCUACUGGUAUUAAAGGGAUAGUUCUGUUUUUUGUGUUUUUUUAAGUGGGAUGGUAUAGGGUACUUAUCCAUGUUACAUACAGUAGAUGUCACUCUGCGCAACAAUUAACAUAACAGCUGUGUAAACGCUGCGUAAUACAAACACACUGUCUGUCCGAGGCAGUGUUAGACCAGCAGCUCCUGUGUCCAGCGAUGUUAAAUCAAUUUUUUUUCUCAAUGGAGUCUGGCCUUGAAGAGAGCAAUAUAACAGCUUAAUUUUUUCAUUUAAAAUAUGCUAUUAGGGUAGAGCAGUAAAAGAAUACUCUCAAUAUAGUAUACACAUAAUUGAUUAAAACAUUUUUUAGGUGAGACUUUUUUUUGGUGGCUAAAAAUAAA